AUGUGGUCGACGAUAAUUAUGCGCUUCCCUGCUCAGGCAAAGUUUUUGUCGCGCGGUGCACUUGUGUCUGCUGGGAUGGCUGCACUUGCAAGCUUAUCUGUAGCAUCGUCUUCUACACAAUGCGAGGAGUUGAAGGAGCCGAAAGUGGCACUGAGUCCAAAAGAAUACCGCUCCUUCACCGUGCGCAAGGUGGAGACGGUGAACCAUAACACCAAGCGCAUAACUUUUGCCCUGCCCUCGCCCGAUCACGAAAUGGGCCUCACAACUCCCAGCUGCCUCAUGGCACGUGCUAGAGUGGACGGGAAGAUGGUGGCAAGACCCUACACGCCUACAAAUGUGAACACGGAGAAAGGCUUUUUGGAACUUGUAGUCAAGGGUUACCCAAUGGGCAAGAUGAGCAAGCAUAUCGUGAAUCUUGAGUAUAAAAGUAUUGGUAUGAUCGCUGGCGGCUCUGGAAUUACUCCAAUGCUACAACUUAUUAAGACCAUUUGCCGCAACCCAGAAGACCACACUGAAAUUACCUUGAUUUACUGUAGCGUCUCGGAGAAAGACAUUAUUUUGCGUGAAGAAGUGGAGGCCAUGAUGUACCUAUACCCGCAAGUGUCCGUGAUUCACGUGCUUAGCAAUCCGUCUGCAGAGUGGGAAGGCCUGUCAGGUUUUGUCUCCAAGGAAAUGAUCGAGAAGUACAUGCCGGAGCCGUCGGAUAACAACCUAGUGUGCGUCUGCGGCCCACCACCAAUGAUGUACCACGUGUCAGGUGAUAAGGACGAGGACAAAACUCAGGGCGAGCUACAGGGUCUGCUCAAGGAACUUAAAUACACCUCCUCGCAAGUUUUCAAGUUUUAG